GUUUAGCAGUACUGAAUUGUGCUUGCGCUUUAUAUUAUAAUCUUAUUAAUCCAUAGAUUGGCACUUUUAGACGGAAUUGCCGACUCAUUAAUAAGCCUCUAUGCACCCAUCAGUUAAUUAAGUGUAAUCAUAAUAUUUGAACAUUAAAAACAACUUGCUUCGAUCCGUAACCUCAAAAUGGUGAGACUGCCGAGCUAGCGCAAACGUUCUAAAUAUAUCAACACAGUCUCUCACAGAUUCGUUUUGAAGAAACAAAAAUCGGAAUACAUAGUCGAAAAGUUUCAUGGUACAUCAGCCUGGAGAUAUAUCGCGCGCGUCCCAAUUCCAGAUUUAGACGCGGGAAAGAUGUGCGGCCGAUCGUCAUCGUUGCUUCCGUCGUCUCGUCCAUACUCACCGAAAUUCUUAAAAUAAAUCUUAAAUUUUACGACGAACAUUUAAGAAUGUACGUUCUGAAGACGGAAACAUUCCCUCAUUCGUGAUUUUCGUACCGUCGAACGCACGACGGAAAAUUGGAAAGGAAUCGUCAGUCCAUUUUGUAACGUUCGCCGGAAGAAGUCGGAGUAGGAAUUGACUUUUAUUUAAACGCAAAUUUAUCUUUAAUUGUGCCGUAGUUAGUAGUAGCAGGACUUGAAUUGAUUUGAAAGUCAUGGCGGACGUACCAGACUCAGUUAAAAAGUGCGCGGCAAUGCUCAGCGGGUCGCGUAGUGAUACGGAAAAAUUCGCGGCACUUUUCAUGGUGACGAAGCUGGUGAAAGGGAAAGAUUGCACCCCGGCCGCAAAGAAGGUGUUGUUCGAGGCCAUCGGUUUCAAUUUCCUAAAGAAGCUGCUACUGUCCAAGGAUCUACCUGAUGACUGCCCGCCGUUAGUCUACAAAAGUGUUGCCCUUUCGAUCCUCACUUGCUUCUGUGAGGACGAGGCACUCGCUACUCACAAGGACAUGAUUGAGAACAUACCAAUUUUCUUGGAUAUCGUACAGACAGCCGACGAUGACGACUAUGAGGAUAAUCUGAUCGUAGUAAGCGAGUCGUACAGUUGCUUGCAAAGCAUCGCCAAGUAUGAGCCUGGCCAGAAAGCCCUACUCCAAAUUGGAGCGAUUCCCAAGAUGUCUCAGAUCUACUCUCAGCAAAGCUUCCAAACGGAUGAAGCGCUGCACUUGCUCGUGAUGUUAACAAGUAAAUUUGGAACAGCAUCGUGGGACGAAGAUCCAAAACCGUUUCAUGCCCUCGUUCAGCGCAUUGCGCUCGACAUGGAGACCGACCACACGGAGCGAAAGUUCGAGCUAUGCGGAAUUCUUUCGUCGAUUCUGUUGAGCUGUAGAAAGGAAAUUAUUGCAGACACACUGGUCGGCGAGAUUUGGCCUGAAAGUAUUUUCAAGUCGCUCAAUGAUAUCUUGCAAAGUAAAAUUGGACCAAAACAGCGGGACCCUGCGUUGAAGCUAUCUGCGGCUGUGUUGGAUGUCUUAGGCAUUGAGUUCACUUUUAUGGAUGUAGAUAAACCCAAGCAAUUCUUCUUACUGCUCCUGCAAUUGGCUGCCAUUGAGGUCCGCAUGCAGAUGGAUGAGAAGAAUUUCAAAGGGACAUUUGCCAAAUCUGAUUUGAUAACAUGUUGUUUCAUUAUCCUGGAGAAAUCCAUCAAUUAUAUGACAACAGAUCAGCUUGAUCUUGAACAAAAGGAAAAACAAUCUAUCUACACAGCCCUGAAGGGAGCCUUUAACGCUGUUCUGAAUGUGAUCACCCGCCUGUCUAACGACAAAUUGAGAGAAAACUUAUCUCCCAAUGAUAAGGCAUUUGCAUGCGCUAUCGUUCGCAUCCUUUCAGCUUGGUUGGCCCAGGAUACAACAGCUUUACGACCAGCGGUUUAUAAAGUACUUCCCUACAUGUUCGAGUUGGCGAACGAAUCCUUCCGCGAAGCUCAUCAUUUCCGCUUGGAGAAACGCGAAGGAGACCCUCCAGCUGAUAUCCUACGACUGAUGUUACCUGCACUUUGUCAUUUAACAGUAGAAGACCCUGCUCGCAAGAUCAUUUUGGACACACAUCAAGAUGCCGUAUUAUUCGAGGCAAUGCAAUCGCAUUUCUCCGUUGCACACUACAAGAAACCCCCAGUGCCACGUGCGGAACGUCUGAAACGCAUGAAUGAGCCGGAUCCCGUUCCCACACCUAAACAGAAAGAAGAGAUGAAGGAUGCGCGGUCAGCGAUCGUGAGCCUUUGCAAUAUCUUCAUGAACAUCACAGUCCUGGAACCGAGGAUGGUUGAGGAUAGUGCCUUGUUCGGUAACAUCCUUAAAUUUGUAUUCGAGAAUUUGCCCGAGUUGAAGGAAACUCAUGAGAACUUGGUUAUGCAUGGUCACCUGGCAGUUCUUGGUUUGUUGCUACUCAAACAAAAAUCAAAGAAAGUAAACAAGAAUGAUUUCACUAUUUGUCGUUACAUCCAAGCGACUAUUCGUUUCCUUUGGGACGCUUACACCAUCGAUGAGUCCAACGAUCCAACGGCACUAGUAGUAUCCAUGAAUUAUAAAGAAUCCUGGAUGGAAAUUUCUGAGUUAUGGUUCUUAGGCAUGCAAACUAUGUGCGGCGUAUUACCAUUAGUUCCUUGGAUCUCUGAUUUUGCUAUCGAGAGUGGCUGGGCUGAAGGAAUUGUCCAGACUUUGCGCAAAGUAAAGAUUGGUACGUUGCCGGCUAACGUAAAAUCCGCCUAUGAGGACUUCCUUGGUCAACUGGUCGAUGCUAAUCCGGAAGUCAUACCUGUGUUGAAAAAGGCAGACGCCCUUCGUGUAUGCCGCAACCAUCGGUUGAUGGAAUUGGGAAAGAAAUUGUUCGGCGACUAAGCUUAUGGCUGCAGCUCUCAUUUUCGAUAACAAUUCUAUUUCAUAUGUAAACACUUACGUUGACUAACAACUCGAAAGUUACUUUUCAUAUUUUGUAAGCUUGACUUAAAACGAUUAUAUAAUUUAUGAAAUUCAGUUCUUUUUGUAUAAGAGUAUAACGAAGAUUUUUCUUUUGAUUAAACAACUUGAAUAAGAACAAAAAUAGGAAAAGUCGAUGU